AUGAUUGGUGUUGAUGCAAGCAUCUGGCUGAACCAGACCCAGUCUAUCUUCCAUGUACCAGUCCACCUCAUUUUCAUUUUUGAUGGAGAACACCGUCCAUCGAUUAAACAAGGUGUCAACAUUUGCACCAAGGCACAUGCACUGACACGCUUGUUCCAGGAGCUUAUUGAGCAAUAUGGCUAUAACUACCAUACCGCACCCACAGAGGCAGAAGCAGAACUGGCGGUCCUCAACUCUCACGGGAUUAUUGAUGCCGUUCUAUGUGACGAUGUGGAUAUGCUCCUUUUUGGAGCAACUCAUCUCAUUCAAAACCCCAAAGUCAAAGAAGAUGGUGACAACAUCAAUAUCUACACUGCUGAUGCCAUCUGUUCAACCUUGUCCCUCACGAGUGGUGGAAUUCUAUUACUCGCGAUACUCAGUGGAGGUGACUAUGAUCCGGGCUGUGGUAUGACGACGGCCUACAGCCUUGCUUGUGCUGGCUUUGGCGACGAUCUAUUGCAGGCCACGAAGACCUGCACACCACCAGAACUGGAAUGGUAUCUUGAGAAAUGGUGCAGUCACUUAUGCAUGACCCUUCAGUACAACGAUGCUAGCCAUCUUGCUAGGUGCCAGGUUGCCCUCUCAAACAGUGUACCCAAUACCUUCCCUGACCCCAAAAUCCUUGCUCUCUAUGCCAACCCUAUCACAUCGUGGUCCCCCAGCCAGAAACUACCCAAUACAACUGCAUGGAUACCUCGAGAAGUCAACCUCGCCAAACUAGCUGCGUUCUGUGAGCGCUCGUUUACCUGGGGUACUGCAGAAGGUAUCCUUUCAUGCUUCCAAGAACAUGUUUGGCCUGGCAUGACUCUUUAUCGAUUGGUUGAAGAAGCUAAUGCUGAUCCUACCACAACCCUCACGGCGCAUUUUGCGCAAACUAUUACCAAAUGGACAUUUGGUCUCUCAUCCAUCCUUCACAUUGUUCGACAGCAGAAGGCUGGAAAAAAAGCGGUUCCUGGCUACACAGUGGAAGUUCAAACAGGCCGUCUCUCUACAGCCACACACUCUGGUCUUUGA